UCACUUGCUGCUCUAAAUGUGCUUCUAAUCUACAGUACAGGAACGCACAUGAACACAGUAACAUGGUGAAAAGUAAGGGUAAGUAGGCCAUGGUUGAGGACUGGAGAGUCUAUCCAAUGAGUACAGCACAUGAGUGUGUUAGCUGCUCAGGAGUUCUUUCUGUUCCCUCCAGACCCUGCACUGUUGCCCUGUAGUUCACCUCCAGAUAUGUGAAGUGUCGCUGCAUAGUAUUCCCAGGAUUACUAUUUGCCUCUUUCAUUGGAAAAGUCCACUGAGGAUUGCAAUAUAAACUGUUCCCAAUAAUAGAAGACAGUUGGAACAUUUAAAAGAAGGAAAUCAGCAUAGUGUAGAAAUGAAAAGCAGUCUUUCAUGAGGCUCUGUCUCAAAAAAAAUAAAUAAAAGUGAAAAUCAGUCUAUGGCAGUGAAAAGAUAUGGGUGACAUUCCUGGUGUUCCCAUUUUCCAGCUGCAUGAUUGCUUUGGGGACAGGCCCCCCACCCACCACUGUGAGCUGUAGGGUCAUGAAGAUAAAAGGAGAUCAUGCAGGACAGUGCUUAGCACAGCACCUGGCAAAAAUGGGGCAAAGAAAGGAAAUCAGAGUGUGUUUGGAUGAUUGAGGGUGUCAGGAAGGAGGGGUACAAGAGUGGGAACCUGAGGAGAAAAGGAACUAGACAGAAAAGGAAUAGUAAAGGAGAUGCUCCAGCUGGUCUUCCUACAAAGAGGCAGACAUCAUCCAUUGUGCGUGUGCCUUGGGUAGCCCAGAAGGCCUGGCAGCUGCCCCAAAGAGCACUGGUGGGAGGUGGGGAGGGGGGUGGCUGGCACUCCCCACCCCUCACUCAAGAUUGGGAACUCCUUUGAGAUGGCUAGCCUUAUCUAUCCCUUUUUUCCUACUCUAAUUAACACUGGCUGGGGGGCCUGGAGGGACAGAGAGAAGGUGAAGGGAUCCCCACAGUGGUUUGCACCUACCUGAACAUAGUGGUGAAAUGAAGCUGCCCACACAAAGCAGCCUAUUUCCUUCCUAGGAGCCCCCAACUGCCUAGGGGCUAGGAAAUGGGUACUUUGGUAGCUUUUAGCCCAGAAAAGGCAGGGUGGCUGUCCUGCUGUCCCCACACCUCUUUUCUUUCAGAUCAGCUUUUAGCCUUACUGCCUCAUCCCUCUUUUUAGCCACUGAACACCCCUUCUGGGCUGGACACUGGACUAGGUGGCUAGAAACAUAGAUACAAGUAACCCAGAGUCCUGGCUCCUGGAGAAAGACUUCAGCUCCUCUAGGUCCCUGCCUCCUGCCAUCCUCAGCUCCCUUACUCACUGACACCCCCUCAACCCCUGUCAGUUCUGGCCCUCUGACUUUGUUCUGUCAUGCCUUAACCAGGCUCCGCAGUGUGUGCUCCCAGAGGGAAGCGACACAAAGGAAAGGGGGGGGGACAGAAAGGAGGGAAUCCCGCUGACAUCACUGCUCAUUAGCAUGUGUGACCUCAUCAGGGGGUGGGACAAUUUCCCCAGGUGUCUGGGGGGAGGGCGUUUGUGUGUGUGGGGGGGUGGUAUUUAAAGGAAAAAGCUGACAGUGCUGCUGAGUGAGGGAGCGGGUGCUGCGAGCCGCCGGGCUGCACACGCACACCGAUGCACACGGAGCCCGACACCGACAUGGACACGGACACAGAAACCACAGCACUCUGCCCCUCUGGCAGCCACCAGGCCUCCCCCCCAGGGACACCCACACCAGCAGAUGCCACACUGCCGAAGAAACCAGAGAAACUGUUGGCAGGGUUCGAUCGGGGUGGGCCACCCUCUGCCCCAGGAGCCCCCAGACGAAGAGGCAGUAUGCCUGUCCCCUACAAGCACCAGCUCCGGCGGGCCCAGGCUGUAGAUGAACUUGACUGGCCACCUCAGGCUUCAUCCUCUGGCUCCUCGGACUCCUUGGGCUCAGGGGAGGCAGCCCCUGCCCAAAACGAUGGCAUCUUCAAGGUCAUGUUGGUUGGGGAGAGCGGCGUGGGCAAGAGCACCCUGGCAGGCACUUUUGGCGGUCUCCAGGGAGACAGUGCUCAUGAGCCAGAGAACCCAGAGGACACCUAUGAGAGACGCAUCAUGGUGGAUAAAGAGGAAGUGACUCUAGUUGUUUAUGACAUCUGGGAACAGGGAGAUGCUGGAGGGUGGCUGCGGGACCACUGCCUUCAGACCGGAGACGCCUUUCUCAUAGUCUUCUCAGUCACUGACCGCCGAAGCUUCUCCAAAGUUCCAGAGACCCUACUUCGUCUUCGGGCUGGGAGGCCGCACCACGAUCUCCCUGUCAUCCUCGUUGGUAACAAGAGUGACCUGGCUCGUUCCCGAGAAGUAUCACUGGAGGAGGGCCGCCACCUGGCCGGGACGCUGAGCUGCAAGCACAUCGAGACGUCGGCCGCGCUGCACCACAACACGCGGGAGCUCUUCGAGGGCGCCGUGCGCCAGAUCCGGCUGCGGCGGGGCCGGAGCCGCGCCGGAGGCCAGCGGCAGGAGCGGGGCAGCCCCGAAGGCCCUGCGCCGUCCGCGCGCCGCGAGAGCCUCACCAAGAAGGCCAAGCGCUUCCUCGCCAACCUGGUGCCGCGCAACGCCAAGUUCUUCAAGCAGCGCUCCAGGUCGUGUCACGACCUCUCCGUGCUCUGAGCCGCGGUCGCCAUGGCCACUGCGGUCGCCAUGGUCACCGCGCCCUUCGUCCGCCCCCUCGCCCCGCCCUGUCCCAUCCGGCUUCCUCAGUCGAGGCCGUCUAGGAAACCAAAAACUCCCAAGAUGCCCCGGUGUGGCUGCGGGGGCGGGCCCAGGCUGGUGGGCGGUGUCCUUCUGACACCUCCGGGCCCCGCGGCGCCCAGGCGGUGAGGACGCAAACUUUGGGGCGGGCGUGCUGCGACCGGUGGGCGGGGUGGGUUCUGGCGGUUCAGGAAGGAAAAUAGUUCUGCAAAAGGUAUUUUGUUUCUUAUUAAUGCACGUUUGGCCACCUCUGCUGUAAAGAGAUCCUAAAAGCGAGAAUUGGAAAAGUGCUGUGUAGACUUCUUGGUGGAGUUUAUCUCCUUUGUACGCUGCGUGAAUAUGCCUCACCUUUAAGAAAUUCUUAAAGGUAUAGUCGUGGAGACACUUCCAGAGACUUUGCAGAAAACAUUCUGGCUUUUAUCUGCCACUCUUGUCCACUUUGCCUUUAAGGAGUUCUUAAAGGCAAGGGCCUGGAAGCGCUGUCCUUGAGAUUUGAUUCUGUGACUUACCAUUUCAGGACGGCACUUCCCCUUUAAGGUUAUUAAAGGUAAGGUGUGGACAGACUUUCUGCGCUCAGAUGCCGGCAAAUGCCGGCCUGAAGAGCUGAGUGGUGGCAACCCCCUUUGGCCAGGGCCCAGGAGGCACCAGCAAGGGGCCACCUCUUCCCUUUUCAAUAAAGAAUUUUUCUACUGCA